CAUACGGCCGGCUUCUUCCUGACCGAAAAACCAAAAAACCCCAUCUGACGCUCCGACGAGAAGGAGAGAAGGUGGAGGGAUCAUGAGAUCGCGGCCGUCCCCAAAACCACUCUCUUUCCUCUUCUUCUUCUUCUUCUUCAUCUAUGCCUCUCUCAAUCUCCUGUCUUCUUCUUCUUCUUCUUUCCCAGCAGCAGCAGCAGCGGCAGCAGUCGCUGUCGGAGUCGUCGGAGGAGGCGACGGCGACGGUGGCGCGGCGGUGAUGAGGGCGUCGUUCGCCGUCGAGGGCGACGUGGCGUGGGCCGUCCAGAUCAGCGACCUGCACGUCAGCGCCCACCACCCCGCCCGCGCCCGCGACCUCGUCCGCCUCCUCGCCCCCGCCCUCCGCCUCCUCCGCCCCUCGCUCCUCCUCAUCACCGGCGAUCUCACCGAUGCAAAAAACAAAAAAAGAACAAGCACACGGCAAGACGAAUAUGAAUGGAUUCUAUACAGGAACAGUAUGGAUGAGGUUGUUAAGCAAAGCGGUUUAGACAAACAUCGAAUAUUUGACAUUAGAGGCAAUCAUGACAAAUAUGGAGUUCCCUUUGUUGGACACAAGAUGGAUUUCUUCUCCACUCAUAGCAUUAACUCUCAACUAAACAGGCUAAGCACCAUUUACAGUAUUUCACUUCUGGGAAAUGAUAGACGGUAUCUCUUCAUUGGUAUUGAUGACACGAUGAGCAUCGGCAUUCGAGGGCCAUCCAACUUGUUUGGUCAUCCCACUGAUAAACGGAUUGACGUCGUCGAGUCAGAGCUUCAGUAUUGGGACAAUUCCACUGCCUUAAUAACUAAAGUUGUGUUCGGCCAUUUUCCUAUGUCGUUUACUGCUUCAUCCAAAACAGGAACUCGUUAUGAAAAUGUUUUUUCUAGGCAGCAGGUUUCUGCAUAUAUUUGCGGUCACCUGCAUGCAAAGCUCAGUAAGAAGCUUUGGAGGCUUCAUAAGGUUGAAACAGCUUCUAAUUCUCGAGAUAGAAAGAGGGUGCAUAACUUUUGGGAGUGGGAACUUGGUGAUUGGAAAGAAUCCAAAUUGAUAAGAAUUCUAGCUUUGGAUGGAGAAGCAGUUUCAUUCCUUGAUUUGGAACUGGAACAGGAGUUUCCAACGACCAUCUUAAUCACAUACCCAACCAAUUCAAGAAGUAUGAAUACAAUAACAACAGAUAGGCAUUCAAUAAGAAACGAUAUAAGCGCUCUUGUAUUCUCUCACCAUAUAAUCCUUAAUGUGACUGCUAAGGUUUUCGACUCAUCAAGAAAUUUUAAGAUAGUCGAAGAGAUACCUCUUCAGCUAGUUACUAGUUCUAGUUCUACUGUUUAUAAGCCCUUAUUUCAUGCCAAGUGGAAUGCCGAAAGCUACAAAAGCACUUCUCCAACUCGCUACUGGGUGCAGGUUUUUGCCCUAGAUUCUCAGGGCAAGCAGAUAUUGAGUGAGCCAAGGCCAUUUUCAGUUGACGGUAAACUGGUAACUCCCUCGAGGUCGUGGUUGAAUUAUUUGGUUUUUGAAAUUCGCUGGGAGAUUCUAUACUCAGUUCUUUUGCGGAGCAAUUUAGGGUUUCUCAUUUUGAUGUUACUUUCAAAAUUUCUAAAUCAUUUCUGGGAGAGAAAUAUGUCAUAUGGAAAAUGGGCUAUGUCUGUCUUCUCCUCGCCGAUCCAUAAGCGGAAGCUAUCCUUUUGGGUACUCUGGUUUUUGAUAGAGGGCUCAAGGAAUAGGAUAUUUUGGCUUUCAAUAGCGGUGUAUCUUCUUUGGCUGAUCAAAAUGCCUUGGUUUUGGGGUUAUGCGACAUCUGAGGAAGGAGAAAUUGGCGUGAUGUAUUUAUCCGGUUGGAAAUUAAAGGCUCCAAAUAAUCCUGUAGUGGUUGAUAAAUUAGCAAGUCCAGAUAUAAUGGUCAUUGCCUUGCCUGUCAUGUAUUUGGUGGUGACUCCUGUGAUAGUUAUUACAUAUGCCUUGUUUGCCGAAAGGUCGGCUUUUCACUUCAGCGGCAGCAGGAAAUCAAAGUGCUUAAGAAGUCCGGUUAAUUUGAACACGGAAUCAAAACAACACUCAGCAAAGAUUGAAUCCUUCGUGUUUACUUGUGGGGGUGGGGCAAGAAAGAUACUCUUGUUCUUGUGCAUGAUCAUCACUUUGGUACAUUUUAAGAUCUGCACAGCCCUCAUGUGGGCUUAUGGAGCUGCGCCUGUGGCCUUGUCACCUGCAUUAUGUUGGGUGCCGCCGUUAUUAUUGGUUGCAGCUGUGUAUUCUACAGCAACCACUGCAGAGUAGGAGGCAUUUAGCUCACGGUUGUCGACGAAAUCACAUCAUUAACCAUUCGAUGAUAACUGAGGGUCGGUGCUUUGGUUUUCUGUAGCCCUCUAUCCGCACCAAAAUGCGGUGGGCCUUUAUAUGAAAUGUAACCAAGCUGUAAAUAUCUGGUUAUAAUCUACUGGAUUGCAAAAUCACAGUGAGAUAUUACUUUCACCAUGUGAAUCUAUUGGCUUGUCUAUUUAAUGAUCAUCUGUGUAUUGUAGCUCUGUAUGCAAUUAUUGAGAAUUUCUUCUCUUGAUCAA